AUCAGCCUGCGCGGCGGCCGCUCCUGCAGCCACCGCUGCUGCCGCCACCGCCGGCAGCUCGAUGGGCUUCUCCUGCGCGCCGCCCGGUGUCUGGACGAGUCCGGGAAGCCGCGGCGCCUCGUGCCGGGGAGCCAUCGCUGCAGCCCGAGGUCCGGUCCCGGGUCGGGGGCUGCAGGGGGAGGCGACGGCGGCGGCGAAGGGAGCCCCACCGGGGGCCUGGCACUGGGGAACUGCCUCCGGCUUCACGAUGCCAGUAUGGACAGAAUAGCUUAUGAUGCUUAUCCCCACCCACCGCUUCCGAGACAUUGAGCGGAAGCCAGAAUACCUCCAGCCAGAGAAGUGUGUCCCACCUCCCCACCACGGUCCUGUGGGAACCAUGUGGUUUAUCCGCGACGGCUGUGGCAUUGCCUGUGCCAUUGUCACCUGGCUCCUGGUCCUCUAUGCGGAAUUCGUGGUCCUCUUGGUCAUGCUCAUUCCAUCCCGAGACUACGUGUACAGCGUCAUCAACGGAAUCGUGUUCAACCUGCUCGCCUUCUUGGCCCUGGCGUCCCAUUGCCGGGCCAUGCUGACGGACCCCGGGGCGGUGCCCAAAGGAAAUGCCACUAAAGAAUUCAUCGAGAGUUUACAGCUGAAGCCCGGACAGGUGGUAUACAAGUGUCCCAAAUGCUGCAGCAUCAAGCCCGACCGAGCCCACCACUGCAGCGUUUGUAAGCGGUGUAUUCGGAAGAUGGACCACCACUGUCCCUGGGUCAAUAACUGUGUCGGCGAGAACAACCAGAAGUACUUCGUCCUGUUUACAAUGUACAUAGCUCUCAUUUCCUUGCACGCCCUCAUCAUGGUGGGAUUCCACUUUCUGCACUGCUUUGAAGAAGACUGGACAAAGUGCAGUUCCUUCUCACCACCUACCACAGUGAUCCUUCUCAUCCUGCUGUGCUUUGAGGGGCUGCUCUUUCUCAUUUUCACAUCUGUGAUGUUUGGGACCCAGGUGCACUCCAUCUGCACAGAUGAAACGGGAAUAGAACAAUUGAAAAAGGAAGAGAGAAGAUGGGCUAAAAAAACAAAAUGGAUGAACAUGAAAGCCGUUUUUGGCCACCCCUUCUCUCUAGGCUGGGCCAGCCCCUUUGCCACGCCAGACCAAGGGAAGGCAGACCCGUACCAGUAUGUGGUCUGAAGGACCCUGACCAGCAUUGCCGCCCAGACACACACAGCACAGCACUACCGUCCCAUCCGUUCUCAUGAAUGUUUAAACCGAAAAAAAAAAGCAAACCAACUACUCUAAAACUUUUUUUUUUUAUGUCUCGAGUAAAAUGGCUGAGCAUUGCAGAGAAAAAAAAAAAAGUCCCCAUGUUUUUAUUUUUAAGAGAUCAUCCUUUCUAUUUUUUGGUGACCGAAGCUGCUCUUCUUUUUUUCCUUUUUUUAAAAUCACUUCUCUGGCCUCUGGUUUCCUCUCUGCUGUCUGUCUGGCCUGACUAAUGUGGAGGGUGCUGUCUCCGGGCCAUGCCCGCCUCUACUAACCGAGGGAGCGGCUGGCUGGUGCGUGGACGGACUGGCCUGGAUGCCUGGUGGGGGAUACGUAGGAGAGGCAGGGGGCCGUGACCUCCCGCUGCCCAGGAGGCCGUGGCAGGCGCCCCCGUGGGACUUAAAACGUCACCGAAGAUGGAUGCUUACCUCGUGUGGCCGCGAGGGGCAGGAUCAGGGCCGGAGCCCUAAGAAGGGCCCUUGGCUCCGCGGCCUCAUCCCCCAGUGUGGACACGGUUUGCCUCCUUGUACUCAAUGGGCUUGGGUGUGUUGAGUGACUUUGGGGGAGGUGGGAUCAAAGGGGUCUUACUUGUAUUCCGAAUCACCAGUUAUAUUCCUGCUGAUUAUUUGGAAGA